GCGCUCCCUGAUCAUUGACGCAGCUUAACUUUUAGCGUUUUUUUUUGACGCCUGCUUCGGACUUCAACGGUUCUACAUAUGCCUCAAGAGCUACCUGGAUUAUACUGGGAUGAAGAAAAACAACGUUACUUUCCCCUAGCUUCGUCACGGAGGCCUCAGGCUGUAGGCCCCAGUACCUUACAUCCACCAACCACUGGCAAGCCGCAAUCUUUGGCAGCACCUCAGGCUACAGGGGAAUCCCACAACUUAAAAAGGCAUCGAAAUCGUUCUCUCUUGCGAGCAAGGGAAGAUGCCAGGUUCAGCUUCCGCACUGCUCAUAAAAACAAGUUGAUGCACCAGAUAUCAUGCUUCCAAGUAGCGCAGACGUCCCAUGUUGCAUCAUCGUCCAUUCUAUCACUUACACGCUGCGCUAUCACCGCCUUCCAGGCCGUAUCCUACAAUAACAAUGUCCACAGUUUCGCAGGGGAUACUGGAGGAUGGUUUUACUCGUCAGUCAUUGGUAGAGACGAGCCAGUCACGGGGUAUCACACCUCGCAUGGCUGGCGCCCAGAGUUCAGUCUCUCCUCAGAGAUCUCUUCCAUAUGUAUAUCUGGUUCCCGCUGCAUUGCAACCUCGUUUGGUCCAGAGAGCAAAAUAUUGCACUUCCCCCUUGAUUUGGACUCAGAAGACAUCCGUGUGGCUCGUGUAAAUAACCGGUCUGUUCGUGACAUAUGGACAGCUGAUUUUCAAGGUUCCCGUUUGGUGCUGGGCACAAAUGAUCAAGCUGUAGUCAUCGACGACGCUGCUGAUCGAGCGACUGUUCGUUUUAUGAAAACGGGUAGUGACGUAUUUGCUGUUGCCCAAGACGAUAAUAUUAUUUAUACAGGGUCUCGUGCUGGCAUUGUCCAACGUUUUGAUAGCCGUAUAGCUAGCACCAAGGGUGAUCGCAUUUUAAGUGACCCACGUACGACCCAGCAUAAUUCAGUGACCAAUCUCAAGAUUUUUUACGAUUGGCAACUUCUCACAAGUAACAUAGACGGAAGCCUGGCUAUGUUUGACCUCCGCUUCCCUGGUAACCGAACACCUGUAAUCUCGUUUACAGGCAAUAUCAAUACCUACACCACAAAGACUCCUAUUGCCGUCGAUCCUCAUGAACAAUUCCUCUUUGCAGCCGGUCAAGACCGCCGCAUUCGCCUAUGGUCGCUCCGCACAGGAGGUGCACCGCUUGUUUCGCCUGCUAGUGUGUUUCAGAAACCAUUCGAAGAUCCGAUCCGUGCACUCCAAGUUGUUGAGGAACAAGAAGGCGUUUUGGGCUUGUGGGCCACAUCGGGUGCAGCACUCUACAAAUAUAACCUAGGUCAAAGGAUGGAAGAAGAGUCUGAGGCGAUGCAGUGCUGAUUACAGACGCCAGUCCAUUUUUUGCUACAAUCGUGCACUGUCUUUACGCGUGGUGUUCCGAAGAAGGGCCAGUUUGUUACAGUACAGAGGAAAGGCGAAUGUACCUAGUGGAUCACUUCUGGCUGAGUACGAGGAC